AUGACCCAGGAAGAUAUCGCCAAUUAUGUCCCUUACAGCGAACUCUUAGCAGGAUUGAAAGUCGCUUUGACAUUCAUCAAUGAGGGAAAUAUAGUGGAGCAUCAAUUUCUAAUUGCUCUUGGGAUGAACCUGGAUGCAGAUAAAAUUCGUAGAUGCGAUAUUUUCAAAGCGAUGAUUAGCGAAGACGCUAAUGUUAUGGUGAACAACGAAGGGAAAACUGUCUUCAUCCAAAAAUGCAACAAGACUGGUGAAAAGAAUGUCCUCAUUCAGAUGGGAAACCUCAUUCAGCCAUAUGUAAACAUGUUAGCAAACGUUAGAAAGGCCAAUGGACAGGAUUGUCUUUUUCUAAAACCUGAUGGAAGUAUUCCAACCGAUGCCUGGUAUAGCGAUGAAUUUGGUAAUGCUAUGGAAUGA